GAUCAGGGCAUCAAGAUUGCAGAGUUGCAACGUAAUGAUCGUAGAAUCGCCAGUUAAUGUGAUGUAAAGUUUAUAAGACUGGCACUCCAUCGCCGGAGAAACUGACGCCCUCAGUUUUUUCUUUGGUAGUUAAGGAUCAAUACAGGUAUGUAAGGAUCUCUUCUUGUUCCAUCCUUACUGGAACGUGUCAUUGUAUCCCAAAGUGGCUAAACAUAUAGGUAGCGAUCGUCUGAUGGUUUACCAAUACGGUGAAAACAGCGAUAAGUGAUGGAAUUCUCACAACGUACUAGCGGCAGACUUCUUCUGGUUUCUUUAGCAUCCUUGGCCUAUUCUUGCUAUCAGGAGACGUUCUCCGGCUUUUCCGGAGCUGCUGUUGUGAAUGCCUCAUAUUUUACAUUUUCUACUCCAAGUCUUCUAUUCUGUGCAAGGCGCUGUAGACUUCAGAGAAAAUGUCUCUCCUUUAACUUUGACGUAAACAAUGGAGAGUGCUACCUUAAUUUAAGAAGUCAAGUGACACCGGGGACAGAACUGCAGGGAGGGAGUCCUCUACAGUCCUUCGAUAUCAGUCUCUGGAGUGAAAAACUUCUGCAGAUGGGGAGCUGUAGAAACCACAGUUGUAGGAAGGACUUAGUCUGUAGCGAGGAGGGAGAAUACUCCUACCGAUGUUUGACUGACACCCAGUGUCAAUGGAAUAAGGGCUGCACCAGCUGUAUACGAGGUUCCGGUCAGUCUAUUCAGACACUGGGUGUUGAAGACAUUAAUUAUGUUCCUGUUGGUUGUUAUAAAGCACCGGGAGGUAACAUCGGAUUUCCAGAUUCUGUAAAUAUGCGCGGUAAUAUCGACUGGUUGGAUAUGGAGGCGACCAUCCGGAAAUGUGCUACCGAAACAAAAACCAGAGGAUUCUCUUACUUUGGGAUUGAGUUCUAUGCCGAAUGUUACAUGAGAAACACCACUUUAGAGUUGUCCUAUCAACAGGUGACCGCGGGCAGUUGCGAGACGGAUUGUGUUUGGGGGGUAGGGAGAGACAAUGUUCUAUAUUUCUAUCAAAUUGUAUGAACAACACAAAAUAACUUAUUGUUAAUACCGCCAUUGAUUGUAAAUUGGCGAUCAUUGUCUGACGAUUCCUAAAGACUAACAUGAUUUGUACAACUGUCACUGUCUAUUUUUCUCAUUGGUUCUUUCUAAAUAAAAUU